UUCACAGAAGUCCCUCAUGACAUGACGGCACAGAGCGGGCAGGACGUAGAGAUGGCCUGUUCGUUCAGAGGAGCCGGUUCUCCGUCCUAUUCGCUGGAGAUCCAAUGGUGGUACAUCAGGAACCACAGAGAGUGGACCGACCAGCAGACGUGGAGCACAAACCAGGUGAUGCCACAGAAUGAGAUGUCAAAGGACGCCACCAAAAUCAGUGUGGUGAAAGUGGCCGGAAGCAACAUUUCCCACAAGCUGCGUCUGUCCAGCGUGAAGCCGUCGGACGAGGGCACGUACGAAUGCCGCGUCAUCGACUUUAGCGACAGUAAGCUGCGUCACCACCGCGUGCGGGCGUAUCUGCAGGUGCAGCGGCUGGAGGAAGAGCAGCAGCAGGACGUCCCGCAACACAAACACCAACACAAAUCUGGCCGAGAGCUCAGGAAGAGAUCCACCGACGACAGCACCACUGACUGCACUGACAGCUGCGUGCUUUAGACACACACACACAGAAGCCAAAACACACACACACGAGGAGGAUAGUUCACCAGACAAGGAGAAAUCUGUCAUUUACUCGCGCUCAUGUUGUUUUAAACCUGUUUAACUUAACUUUUUUUUAAUUUAUAUAUAUUAAUUCAUAGAUGAAACUAAGAUGGAUAUGAUUUAAGCUUUAUCUUGUUUUAUUUUUGCACAUUUGCAGAUAUUUUAUAUUUUAUUACAUUGAACAUUGAAAAACAUGAGUGUUUUUACAUCAUUUUACUUCCUUUUUUUAUGAUGUUUUAUGUUUUUAAGUGUUUUUAUAUUUCGUUUUUUGUUUAAGUGACAUAAAUAUAUAUAUAUACACUACCUGACAAAAGUCUUGUCAUGGAUCCCAGUUGUAAGAGCUACGAAUAAUAACUUGACUUCUAGUUGAUCAUUUGGAAAAGUGGCAGAAGGUCGAUUUUUCUUAUGAAUCAUCUGUUGAGCUGCAUCCCAAUCAUCACAAAUACUACAGACCUACUGGAACCAGCAUGGACCCAAGAUUCUUAGAGAAAUCAGUCAAGUUUGGUGAAGGAAAAAUCAUGGUUUGGGGUUACAUUCAGUAUGGGGGCGUGCGAGAGAUCUGCAGAGUGGAUGGCAACACCAACAGCGUGAGGUAUCAAGACAUUUGUGCUGCCCAUUACAUUACAAACCACAGGAGAGGGUGAAUUCUUCAGCAGGAUAGCGCUCCUUCUCAUACUUCAGCCUCCACAUCAAAGUUCCUGAAAGCAAAGAAGGUCAAGGCGCUGCAGGAUUGGACUGCCCAGUCCCCAGAAAUGAACAUUAUUGAGCAUGUCUGGGGUAAGAUGAAGGAGGCAUUGAAGAUGAAUCCAAAGAAUCUUGAUGAACUCUGGGAGUCCUGCAAGAACGCUUUCUUUGCCGUUCCAGAUGACUUUAUUAAUCAGUGAAGUCAGAUCUUACUGUCCUAAUUAAAUAAUUAAAAAUCAAGGCAUGGUCAUAUUUUACUGUGGUAAAAUAAGCGUAAUCUAGAGGCCUUUGCCUUUCAUAUAAGCCACUUCUGAUACCAAAUGAUCAACUAGAAGUCAAGUUAUUAUUUGCUGUUCCUAAAACUUGGAUAGGCGACAAUACUUUUGUCAGGUAGUGUGUAUGUAUUGAAGUAUUAAACAUAUAUAUGCAUUGAAGCUUUGGUUUAUUUCAUCAUUUUUUAUAUUUAAAUAGUCUCUGAAGAUCUUAUUUAUAGUGAUUUUUGCUUGCUUUUCUGUUUGUUUGUUUGUUUUAUUCAAUUAUAUUCUGUUUCACUUUCAAUUCAAUUUUAAAUCCAUUUAUUAAAUGGUGUAUUUUGAGUUAAUGUAAUGCUAAUUAAACUUUUCUUAUUAUUAUUAUUUUUUAAAAUUAUU